UGAGCACACAUAUUUGAUUGAGUUUUGGAACAUUUAAAAAAUUUUAAGUACACCAAACUAAUUAGCAGUUAUAUAUUUUUCAACUUAUAGUCUAAAAAAUUACAAAACAUAAGUGAACAGCAAUAACCAAAAUUUGUUGGGAGGUGAGGAUGGCUGAAACAGGCCGACAGGAAGAACGGGCGUCAUUCCUGGACGGAAUGACCAAAGUAUGGAAUGACUUAAGGAAGAAUAAUCAGCUUAUUGACGCCACCCUCAUCAGCAGCGAUGGCAUCUCCUAUCCUGUGCAUAGGGCAGUCUUGGCAGGCUACAGCAGAUUCUUCAGGGCUCUGUUCACGAAUCCUCUGCACACUGAUGAGAAGAACCGUGUGCACUUGCAGAACGUCAGCAGUGACGUGCUGAGCUCCUUGCUGACGUACAUCUAUGACAAGAAGUUGGACAUUGACAACAACACUGUGACUAAACUGCUGCACGCCUCCGACUACCUCAGCAUCCUCGAAGUCCACCAGGCCUGCGUCACCUUCCUCAAGUCCAGCAUCGCCCCUCCAAACUGCCUGAGCAUCCGCCAGUUCGCCAGAGAUCACUUCCUGGAGGACCUGGAGAGAGAUGCCCAAAUGUAUCUGCUCCGGAACUUCCCGCAGGUGGCAGAAAAGUCUCUGGAGAUCAUGAGUCUGCCGGUAGAUGAGCUGGUUCCUGUCCUCGCCUCCGACUACCUGAACGUGAGGAACGAAGAGGUGGUGUGGCGACUAGUGUUGCGCUGGGUAGAUCAUGAGAAGGAUGAUCGGCUCCCGCACUUCACCUCCUUGCUGAAGUGCAUCCGCCUCGGCCUCAUGGAUGUACAGUACUUCCUUGAACAUGUGAAGAACCACCCGUACGUGCUGGGUAACGUGGUGUGUCGGCCAGUAAUCAUUGACACCCUGAAGGUCCUGAUGGACGUGGAGACCAUCACGCAGAAGGACGGGGUGAUGCAGACGCCGGAGUGUGCUCGCCCCAGGAUACCCCACGAGGUGAUGUUCGCCAUCGGGGGAUGGAGCGGCGGCAGCCCCACUAACGCCGUCGAAACUUACGACACCCGCGCCGACCGCUGGAUCAGGGUAGAAGAAAUCGACCCUUCAGGGCCCAGAGCGUACCAUGGUACAGCCGUUAUUGGGUUCGAUAUCUAUGUUAUUGGUGGAUUUGAUGGUAUGGAAAAUUUCAAUUCCUGCAGGUGUUUCAAUGCAGUGACAAAAACGUGGAAAGAAAUUGCCCCGAUGCAUGAAAGAAGAUGCUACGUUAGUGUGGUAGUGAUAGACGAAACCAUUUACGCUAUGGGGGGCUACAACGGGCACCACCGCCAGAACACUGCCGAGAAGUACGACUACCGCUCCAACCAGUGGACGAUGAUCGCCCCCAUGCAUGUCCAGAGGAGUGAUGCCUCUGCAACCGUCCUCAGUGGCAAAAUCUACAUCACUGGAGGUUUCGAUGGACGGGAGUGCCUGAGCUCAGCGGAAGUGUAUGAUCCUGUCACUAACGUGUGGACUCAGCUGCCACCUAUGAGGUCUCGGCGCAGUGGAGUGUCAUGUAUCGCCUACCAUGAUUCUGUGUAUGUCCUCGGUGGCUUCAACGGGGUGUCACGUAUGUGUAGUGUGGAGAAGUUCAGUCCUGUCACGAACCAGUGGACCCCGCUACCUGACAUGUACACGACCCGCAGCAACUUCGCCAUAGAGGUCAUCGACGACAUGGUGUUCGCCAUCGGAGGGUUCAACGGCAUCGCCACGAUCCACCAGGUCGAGUGCUUCGACGACCGAGCAAACGAGUGGUAUGAAGCGACCGACAUGAACGUGUUCCGCUCAGCGUUGUCAGCCUGCGUGGUAGCGAACUUACCCAACAUCAACGACUACAUCCACAAGAAUCGACACAUGCUUAUGGAGGAGAAACGGCAGAAGUUGCUGGCCCUCAACCAGAACAGUGCGGUGGCAGUCAGCACACAGACCAACCCGGCCGUCAUCAACAUUACCCAGGCUAUAGAAGAAGUAAACAACGCGGUGGACAAUCAGAACAACAUGGAGGUAGAGGAUAACCCCCCAAACCUUCUGUGAGCCGAAACAUCUUGUUGUGAUACAUUCAUGCAAUUCAUUUAGCACAAGAUUCCACCACAGCAAUGGUGUCAAGAAGCAAAUCAUCGUUGAAUAAAAAUUUGGAGUCUA